AUGUUUAGAAGACAUAAAUCACAAUCUCAGAGUAAUCAGGAAAAACCGACUAAUGAGAAAUCGGGACAACAGCACCUUUCAAAUCAGCAGCCACAACAACAAUCUCAAUCUCAAUCACAGCCGCAUCGACGCAAUUCCAAAGAAUCAACGAAAUCUAAAGCAUCAACGAAAUCUAAAGCAUCAUCGGGAUCAGGUCAAAGUGGUACACUAUCAGAAACACCCAAGGGUGAUGCCACCAAUACACUGCGGCAAUACAAUGUCGAACUACUUCACGCAGGGGACAAGAAAAAUCCUUCUCAUGCUCAUCAAACGUACACCCAUGAGUCAAGCGAUAGCGAUGAGUGUUUAUCACCGUUAACAUCAGGUGGAGCAAAUGAACAGGGAGAUGGCGAUACUCAUUCCAUUGCUCUUUCGGAAACAGACACUCUUUGUGCUACACGUAAACAAAGACUUGAAUUACAGGAUACUUACACUGACAAUUUUUCAAUGUAUCUUCCAUUUGUUCUACGACAAUUAAGGUUAGCAGAAAGUCGUGAACAAGCAGAAGAUCGUCGUCGAAGGGAAGCUCGUGCUAGUGCAGGACGUGGUGGACGCAGUGAUGGUAGCAAUGCCCUACCAGUAGACCACUUUGAUGAAGAUUAUGAUGCUGAGAAUGAUACCGUGGCCGAUGACGACUUGUCGACUAUUUUCAACGACAGUCAAUCACCUGAGGAGCAAUUUGAUAUUGAUCAUCGGAAAAUCAUGGAUCGCAACUUGUCGGCGUACAACCAUAAACGACUGGUGGUGUUUGUUGGAUGCACGUUGAAAAGCGACGUGCUUAUAUUUCCUACUAGUGAAUCAUUUAAGCUUUUUAAGCAAUUGAGAGCAAAUAUCAAAAAGGAGAGGAAAAGUUCAGUAAUUGUAUAUGAUGCUCAGGGAAAUAUUAAAAAAGUGACUCCGUCCAAUGGGGCAAAUAAAAAUGAAUAUACCAAUAAUGGAAACAAUGAUGAAGUGAUUGAUGAUAGAAACCACAUCGUACCUGUGAGUUAUAAAAUCAAAGGUCAGGGUCUACCGGCAUUAAGAAUGAUUCUGCCAUACAUGUCAACUUUCCGCAAAAACACCCCUUACUUGAUAUUCAAGAAAUUCAAAGAAGUUCCCUCGGCUCCCAAACCCAGUGACCAAAAGCAAAAUGACAUUGAUUUUGAAACAUUUGAUUAUUGCUACGUAUAUCUGAAGUAUUCCCUGAAUUACCGUCGAUUUAUUUUCGAGUUUUAUCCAAACACGCCAUCCUGUUUCAAACUCGUCAUGUUUGAAUCGACAUUCAAACCAUUUGCCGAUUUCAAUUACAAGCAAACUCGGUUCCGAGUCAUUGGCACAACCAUUUCGACGGGAUUAGUGUGUGAAUAUAAUCCUCAUAUGCGAUUACUCAUUAUUGAUGAUGAUGAACCUUCACUUUGUGAUGGCAUUAUUAAUAAGAAGCCAUCAUCGGGGUUUAUGAAAUUGAAAAAAAAACCAUUGUCGCUGGAAAAGGAAGAAUACAUUGAGUUUGAUAUUAAUAAACCAUCGACUUAUAUUAAUCCUAUCCCCAACAGUAAAUUUGUUGAUGAAGAUGGGUUUUCCAAUUGUUGUCAUCAUCGAGCUACAUUCAUCCCAAACAAUUUACCACCGUUUGGAUGCUACAAGGAUGCUAGUUUGUAUAAAGUUGAUCAUGCCAGUUUUAUCCCAAGGAAACAUUUUGAAAUUGGUAAAGGGGAAAUCUAUCAGAAUUUGCAAUCAGUGGCAGCGGCAGCGGCAGCAGCAACAACAACAACAACUAUAUCAUCAUCGACGACGACGACGACGACGACACCUUCUGCAAUUGCUACAGCAACAGCAUCACCCAUUUCUCCGCAAUGCAUCGCUGCGAACGAACAAUCGACAACUGAAGAGUUCUUGAAUAGUACCUUGUCGAUGGAUCAGGAUACUUUAGUAUUGUCGGUGGUCUUGAGCACUUUGAGAGAAGUCAAUGUCAAAAAUGCAAACAAAUCAAGUGGGAGUCCAAUGAUGAGGGCAGGUGGUGGUGUAUUACGAAAUGCGCAUUUUGGACUCAUGACAACUGGAAUGUCAUCAUUUUGA